GGGGAAUGAGGUCAAACUAUAAAUGUAUUUUAAAUUGGCGGGCGGGUCAGCCACCAUGCAAGUACGUACUACAGUACCGCAGAGGUUGCUCCGCCUUCAUCGAUCAUCCUCUCCACCAUUGAAUUACCGCCUACCCGCCGUGCUAUCAGUCCACCUGGCAUGAGAAGCAAUGCCUCCAACUACCGCCACAACACUCGCUACAGGCACGGGGAAACGCAGACUUCACUACCGCAUAUUCGGACAUGCGCAUCGAGCUCCCUACGAAGGGGCAAUCAAUACGACACUUGCCGAGUACAAUUCAUUCCUGACAUAUCCAACUUCCACGCUUCCAGCGCAUUCGGUGUCUACACCACACGCGGAAAGUACUGCGAGUGGUGCCUUCCUGCCCGGGCAACUCAUCACGGCAGAGCAGGCACCAACGGGCAUUCUUGCUCAGCAAUUGCCUCCUACGAUUCCCAACGAGAGGUCGGGAGGCAAUGUGUUAGUAGCAGUUGCCGUCGCCAUCGUGAUCAUGGGGAGCCUGGUAGGCGUUAUCGUCGCAGGGGAGAUCAUGAAGCGGCGGAGACGUCGCCAGGGGACUACAGAGGCGAGUAACAAGGACGAAACAGACUCAACGCAGGACAAAGGGAAAGAGGUCUUUAACGAGAAGAGUCUAGAGUCAUCUGUAUCGUCGCUUCAAAAUUCGCCAAUGUCCAUGGAGAGUCUGGCACUUCAUCUAAAACAAGCGACUCCCCCCGUGCAGAGAACGAUGCCAUCCUGGUUCUCCCGGAUCUUCCGGAAGGCUCAGACAGGCUUGCAUCGCAAGGACGCGAAAUCCCCACCGGAGACAUCACAUGCAUCACACAUUCCUGCAGAUCGAUCGGCAGAGUUGCCGAAGCGGACGACGUGGUCGGAUUUUUCAUAUACGCCAGAACCGGAGUCCUUAAGUUAUCCAAGGCCGCUUUUGCACUGCAUACUCGAGGAAUGUGAAGAUGAUUGUCAAAGCCAGAGCGGCAGCGAGAUCGCCCUCACGUUGGGCCUUGCCAUACAGCGUUCUCUAGAUUCCAUUGCCAUCACAUCGUCUGUCCACGGGGCAUCCCAAGCCAGAUCAUUUACCAGCCUCCGAAAAGCAGUCGAAACUGGCUCUGUCGUCGAGGAAGGAUACGGUGAAGACCGGGGAGGCGCUCAGGGUGUAGGCAUUCCGGGCUCAGUAUCCACAGGAACAAGCGUAAGCCCCUCUGGCUUGGAACUGGUACCCAUGGCAUCUUUGCAGACUCUCGACACCGGAGCAAGCGCAGAUCGCGAAAGCUUGAGAGAGGAGAUAUUCGAGUUGCGAAGGGUUCAGACGAGGAGCAUGCAGAUGGACAAGCCUAUUCUGUUGUCCCUGGGCUUCAAAGCAGUAGGUGACGAGGAAGAGACCGACGAUAACGAUAAGCCAUUCGAUACAGCAACCGAACAUACUCCGAGCGAUAACACCAUGAUGACACCCUCAAUUGCAAACCUGCUUCUUCCGCCAGGAUGCGAUACAAGCCUACGACCCGACCUUCGAGACCUCCUCGGAUCCCAAAUGACUCUAGCGACCCUGGCAAGCAGUUACAGUGCAGUGGACCUCGAUGACUUUCCUCUUCCUCCUUCCAUUGUACUGCCACGUCCAUAAAUUAGAAUCAAACUAGCCCAUUCUAUCACAGUGAACGGAAACACGCUGCGGAUUGAAGGCAUUAAUGUAGGGAAAUUGGACUCAGCCCCACAGACGUUGGCAAG